GUCCAAUAAGUUAAAACCCUCGAAACACCGAUCAUUUCUUUCCUGAAAACCCACACCAUGGCAACCCUCAAAGAGAUCUUAACCCGCCGUCCGGUGGCAGCCACCAUCCGCCUCACCGUUCCAGCUGGCGGAGCAAGACCAGCACCACCAGUAGGUCCAGCACUAGGUCAAUACCGUCUAAAUCUAAUGGCUUUUUGCAAAGACUUCAAUGCAAGAACUCAAAAGUACAAACCAGACACUCCCAUGUCUGUUACCAUAACAGCUUUUAAAGACAACACUUUUGAGUUCACAGUUAAGUCACCUUCUGUUACUUGGUACUUAAAGAAAGCAGCAGGGGUUGAAUCAGGUAGUGGUAGACCAGGACACGUGGAAGCAUCUACUGUGACUUUGAAACAUGUUUAUGAGAUUGCUAAGGUGAAACAAUCAGACCCUUAUUGUCAAUAUAUGUCUCUUGAGUCUAUUUGUAAGUCUAUCAUUGGUACUGCUAAUACCAUGGGGAUUAAGGUUGUUAAGGACUUAGAUUAGUGUCUAAACAUUUCUGGGUUUUUAAUGAUGUUUUGGGUUUCUUUGAGGGUUUUGUUUCUUUUCUAAUGCUGUGCACUUGUUUCUACUUUCAAUCUGGAAUUGCCCUAUUAAACAAAAAGUUUCGAUCUUGAAUUGAAUAAGAUAAGCUUCUGUAGUGAUAGAGUGUUGCUUAAUGUGUUGGUUUUUUACCGGCUUCAAGUUUUAAUGUUGUAUUACGAUAGGUGUCAAGUGGAAGUGCAGUGAUGGAAAGGAACUUUCAGUCUUGAAUCGAUAAUAUAUAGAAUUGUUUUGAGUAA